UUGUUUCUAAUAAAUUACAGAUUUGUGCAAGUUCAGAGUCAGACGAUCUUUAGGAGAGGUGAUAGCAGGACUGGAAGUGAGAUUUCUCUCGAGUUUAGCUGUGCUGCAUCUGCCAUCCAGGUAUCUUUGACCUUGCUGAAACGAAGUUUUAUUAAUUAUUUUAUUAAUUACUGUUACUUUGUAAACAGAUCCACAGUCACUGAAAUCAACAAUGGCUCCUCUGAGGUCUGGAGCACAGCGACUGUCUCCAGUGACUCUAUGCUGUGUGACACUAGCUGUUUGGCUGUGUUGUGACGAUCAUACUGAGGCUUCUGUGCUCAACCUGAAGCGUUUCAUCGGCUGUGCAGUCCGAGAAUUUACCUUUCUGGCCCGUAAGCCGGGAUGCAGUGGGCUGCACAUUACCACUGAUGCCUGCUGGGGACGCUGUGAGACCUGGGAAAAGCCUGUCCUGGACCCGCCCUUCAUCGAGUCGCACCAGCGCGUGUGCACUUAUAACGAAACUCGACUGGAGACGGUUCAGCUGCCAAACUGCUCAGCAGACGUGGACCCAUCCUACACCUACCCCGUGGCCCUCCGGUGUGACUGUGGAGUUUGCCUCACUAGCACCACUGAAUGCAUCACUUCAGUCUGAGAUGCUGGAGAAAUCAGCCUCCAAUUAAAACACCAAAGAUGUGCACUGCAGGAAUAAAUUGAAUCAAAAAUCUAUCUGUUUGAUGUCUAUGUACAUAUAGGAAAGAUUUUACCUUCAAAUGGUCACUGUAUGUUACUUUAUCAUCUUCUUUGUACUUUCCUCCUCUUUUUUUUCCUGAAAAGAGCUGAAUAAAACUGAAUAAAACUGCAAACACCACA